AUGACGAAGUAUCUGCGGCCCGUCGCCCGUGUGGUCGUCCCUGUUCUGGGACUGAUGAUGUGCCUCCUGGCCUACAUGAUGACUCUGAAGUCCAGCUAUGCUCACAAGGUGAUCCCUGCCUACAUCCUGAUCGUCCUGGGCUUCCUGUCCAUACUGGUGGGCUUCUAUUGGAACAUUUGCCACAGCAUGAUGAGCAAGUUAUACCACAGAGGAGGAUGCGAGCAGAGCAUCCACAUCUUCACCAUCGACAGACCGAGCUUCUUUCCUCCGUCAUAUGAAGAGUGUCAGGGCAUUCAGGUUUCUUCUGAUCAUGCCUCUGAGCUGCUGCUGACAGUGGAAGCAGUGGACGUGGGGAUGAAUCUGGCUCCUCCACUCUACACCCAGAGCAGCUCGGAGGACCCAGACUGCAUGUGGAGCUGGGAGCGACCGCCUCAGUACAGUCAGGUCGAACAUGUUGGGACGACCGCAGAGGGGGCCCCGUCCAGACUCUGA